GUUCUUUUUCUGACAGAAAAAACGUUACGUUUACCUUUUCCUCAUUCUGAUGUAUACGUUGUCGGUUGAUACAUCAUGCGUAGAUCAGUGAUACGUUAUCGGUCAGAAUUCCUCUUUUAAAUUACAUGAUCCGCCUUCAGGUGAUUACACAGUCGGUUAGAAAUUCUACUAAGUGACACUGUCGGUCACUUAGAUACAUCAUUGAUUGGGGAUACAGUAUUGCUCAAUUUUGCGAUACAAACUCGGUUGGUGGUACAUUAUCAGUUGUAAAACCUUGAUCAUAGGACGACUGGAAACUUGAAAGCUAAACAUGCCGCGUUUUCCAAUUUUUACCUGCAAUGUAUUCCUGCCGUUGCUUUUUCUCUGGGGGUAUGUUCACCUAACACCUCCGCACGUCGUCGGCUUUGAGCUAACCAUCAUACACACCAACGAUGUGCGGGCCCGAUUCGAGCCAGUCAGUGCCAGGUACGGCGGGGAAUGCACCGCUGACAUGGAAGCGAAGGGAACGUGCUUCGGUGGGCUGGCCCGUCGGGCCGCCAAAAUUAAAGAAAUACGCGAAUCAAGCGAGAACGUCCUUCUGCUUGACGCCGGUCAUCAAUUCCAAGGGAGUAUGUGGUUCUAUGUCAACAGGGGCUUGGCAACGGCACACUUCAUGAACAGACUGUCCUAUGAUGCUAUGGCAAUCGGACAGCACGAAUUCGACUUUGGUGUGGAAGGUUUGGCCAGGUUUGUCAACAAUUUAACAUUUCCAGUGAUAGGUAGCAACAUUAAUACCAGCAAGGAGCCUAGCCUUAACCGUCUGGUACUGAAACAACAUAUUGUUCAGUUCGCCGAUGGGCAGAGGGUUGGCCUCGUUGGCUACAGCUAUGCAGAGACGCCAGAUAUUGCAAAUACCGGUCACUUGACGUUCCUGGAUGAGGUGGAGGGCUUACAACCGGUCGUGGACAGUCUUGUGUCCCAGGGUAUCAACCAGAUUAUUGCACUAGGACACUCCGGCUACGACCGAGCGCUAGUCAUCGCCAAUACACUGAUAGGCGUAGAUGUAGUGGUCAGUGGGCGCGAUUCGACCCUCUUGCAUACAGGUGACAAACCCUCGACUGAGACGCCAAAAGGUGACUAUCCUGCAGUGGUCCAUCCAGACCAUAACCCAACGGCCACUGUGUUAGUGGUCCAAGCAGCCCAAUACGGCAAAUACCUGGGCAACUUGAGUGUAUGGUUUGAUGACAGCGGUGUUGUUUCAGGAUUUGGCGGGAACACCGUCCUACUGGAUGACAGUGUGGAGGAAGACCAGGAAAUUUUAAAGGAGAUGGAGCCUUGGAGAGACCGCGUGACUGAAGUAGCCAAUCAGGUGGUCGGACAGACGUUGGUGGAUCUGGACUUCGCGGCUUGCGCCUCCGCAGAAUGUGCAUUGGGGAAUCUUGUGGCAGACGCUAUGCUGUUCCCCAACUUGAACACAUCGGACGGUUGGAGCGAUGUUAGUAUUAGCAUCACGACUACCGGAAGUAUGGUCUCAUCUGCAGGCGUUGGAGAUAUUACGAUAGGUACCAUUAACAAGAUAAUACCAUACGGCGAUACCAUAGACGUUAUUGAGCUGAAAGGCAGACACCUACUAGAAGCACUGGAAAACUCCGUAUUUGAUUGGGAUGAAGACAAGAUCAAUUACCAAAUGAUGCAAAUGGCUGGAAUGCGUGUAGUGUAUGACCUGUCCCGUUUGCCUGGUGACCGUGUAGUGUCUAUUGAUGUACGGUGCGCAGACUGCCCUGUGCCCGCCUACGAUAAACUGCGUCUGGAUGCCGUCUACAAAGUAGCGGUUAACAGCUACAUCGAGCAGGGCAAAUACGGGUAUUCGUCCCUCACAAAGAAGCUAAGCGUCCGAAGGGGCGGCCUGGAUGCAGACAUCUUGAGGGACUACCUCCUGAAAUUUUCACCCAUUUCCCACAGCGUUGAGCUUGGGCGCCAAAUCAUACACAACGGAGAUGCUUCCUGCUUUACCGACAUGGAGUCCUCGGCAACUGCCCUGCGAGGCUGGAACCUGUCGAUCAUUUCGUGGGGGAUAUAUGUAUUUUUUCUACAAUUGAAAUCGUAUAUUAGGACAGAGGAAGCAUAGGCUUCAUUUAUAAGCGUUUUCAAUGAAUGCUGCCCCCUUGUGUUGGUUUUUGUCUUCAGCAAAGAGGCUUACAGUUUGAUUGUGUCGAAGUAAGCGGUUUUACAUGCAUUUAUCACUUGCUAUUUUGAAUUUAAAGCUUGUUCUCGCUUGUUUCCCGGCCUCCAUUUUUUGCAUUUUUUUUUUCAAUACACUCCUUGCUGUGGCAAGUUCGGGAACGCCAUCAACAGAUGAACAUGGUCUAUAGAGAACCCAUCUACACGUUCGCAAAACUAACAUUUCAUUUCAUUUGCAGCAAUAUAUAAAACAAUCAUUUAACAAGGCGUUUUGUAUUGGUUACUAUCAUUGCUUCAGAGGAAAUUUCCCUGAGACAUGUAGCUGGGCACGUAUUCUGGUUAUACAGCAUAAUAAAUUACUCUAACUUGCUUUGUCACGGCAUAUUGCAAAAAAACAUCAUUUACACAUUACAAGUUGUAUAUGAUUAGUUGUUACUUUCGCAAUGGAAAUCACACGUAAUAUUCACUGCCAUACUUUCUAUUGUAUUUCUAUAUCAAUUUUUAAGAAGCUGGCAUCAAAUAGAUGCGUCUGCAACACGAAACUUUGGUCUGAUUCUAAAGUCACUGCAGAAGAUUACAUGACCAAAAGGUAUACUUCGAUGUAAAUAAAGCUCUUAUUAUACAUGUAGAUCAAGUAAA